GAGAAACAACUUUCACAAAAAACAAAUACAAUCAUUCAUUUUUCACUAAAGUACAUGUUUUGUGUGUGUUUGUGACUUUCACUGUUAGUUAGCACAUAGCUUCAAACUCAAAUGACAUUGUAGGUUCUGAAGAGGGUUUAUGUUUGUUCUUGUUUCUUCAUUUCUUUAAUAUACACUUUGCACCCUUUAAUCUCUUUUCAACCUUUUGACUUUCUGUUUUGUUUCCAACAAAAAAAGGUUGCAACUUUGUUUCUGGGUCUUGUUGCUUUUGCUUGGUUUUGUUACCUUGAAGUAGUUUUUUUUGUUCUUGUUUUUAACUUUUGCAAGUUCAAAUUCUUGUUCUCAUUAGUGUAAAGUUGGAAUAUUUAUGUGUGAGAGAAGAGAAUAAAAUGAUGGGGUUUUGUAGAAAAUGAUAAGGAUUCUUUUAUGAAAGCUUUCUUGUGAAGAUUUUGGUUUGAAAAAUGAAAAGUUUGUGGAAUAUGCUUAUGCUUAUGCUUAUUCUUUAUGCUUAUACUGUUUUUAAUAACCCAUUUUAGUGUAGAGUGUAAAAAUUAAGCCUUUUGGAGUUAUAUGAGUUUGUUUUCAAGUUUCGGGUUGUUGUGGUGAUGCAAUUUUCAUAUGGGGUUGAUUUGUGGUUGUGGCUUUGUUUUUUGUGUUUUUAUGUUUAAGAAAAGACACACUCCUUUUUCUCUUGCAAGGAAAUUUUUGUCUUUUCAGCCAUUUGUUCUUCUUCUGUUCUUGUUUAGUUUGCAUCAUGACACUGUGCAAUGCCAAGGAAGAUUGAGUAAGCACAUGUCUUCUGAGCCUUCAUCGUCAACAUCGGAGUAUAAGGAUGAUCCUAGGAAGAUUAUUAUUAGCAUAGUUUUAGGAGCUGUUACUGGAUUAAUUGGUUCUGUUCUCUUUGCAUUCGUGAUUCGUUGUGUUGUUUGGUAUCUAAACCGAACACCAAUCCUCAAAGGACCGGUCAUAUUCUCUCCGAAAAUUGCCUCAAAGACACUCCAAGUAGCUUUGACAAAAGAAAACCAUAUGCUUGGUUCAAGUCCAAAUGGGAAAUACUACAAAACUGUUCUUGAAAAUGGUCUCAUAAUUGCGGUUAAAAGGCUAACACCCUUUGAGAGCAAUUCGCCGGAGAGUAGGAAAAAGUCGGUGAAGAGGCAAAUACAAAUGGAGCUAGAGCUUCUAGCUAGUUUAAGACAUAGGAAUUUGAUGAGUUUAAGGGCUUAUGUUCGCGAAAAUGAUGGAUUCUCGUUGGUUUAUGAUUAUGUAUCGACCGGUAGUCUUGCAGAUGUGAUGAAUAGAGUGAGGGAAAAUGAGUUGCAGAUUGGUUGGGAAGCUAGGUUAAGGAUUGCUGUGGGUGUGGUGAAAGGUCUUCAAUAUCUUCAUUUUACUUGUGUGCCUCAGAUUUUGCAUUUCAAUUUGAAGCCUACAAAUGUGAUGUUGGAUGCUGAGUUUGAACCUAGAUUGGCAGAUUAUGGAUUGGCUAAACUUCUACCAAACUUAGAUAGAGGGAUAUCUGUCAACAUUCCUCCUGAAUGUUCUCAUAAUUGCAGGUACACCGAAAAAAGUGACAUAUUCAGUUUUGGGAUGAUACUAGGUGUUUUAUUAACUGGUAAGGAUCCUACAGAUCCAUUCUUUGGAGAAGCGUCCAGAGGUGGAAGUUUGGGAUGUUGGCUACGGCACUUGAAACAAGCCGGCGAAGAACGAGAAGCUCUAGAUAAGAGUAUUUUGGGGGAACAAGGUGAAGAAGAUGAGAUGCUAAUGGCUGUUGGGAUUGCUGCUGCUUGCUUAUCUGAUAUGCCUGCAGAAAGACCUUCUAGUGAUGAGCUUGUUCACAUGCUAACACAACUCAAUAGUUUUUGAACCAAACCUUCGUUUUUCCGUUCUUUAGAUUUUGUUUUUUGUUCUCACCCUUUUCUAUAACAUUAUGUUAGGGAUUUUUGGUUGACCAUGAUUCUAGUGUAAUUCAUUGUUUUGCUUUUGCAUGGCGUGGUUGAUAUUUUCUCUCAUUUUUUUGA